GAUAGCACCACCGCUACUUCUUCAGAAUUAUCUGCUGAACUCAAAGAGGCUCUCUCUCAUAGAACAGAGGUCAUUGAAGAUAACUCACAGCUUCAAGCCCAGGAAGGUGCCAACCCCAUUAUAGAUUCGAAAAUAACACGUGAUAUAAAAACCAUUAACAAUGCUAACGAUCAGAGCAUUUCAGAAAGUUUAGAAGAAAUCAAGAGCAAGGUUGACCAGGUCCAUUUGGGACCCCAUCAAGAUAAAUUGGUAGUAGUACCGAGUAUAGUAACUGAAUUUGUACAAGGGCUAUUGGAAGAGCUACUCUCAGAUAAUAACCCACUCCAGACUAUAAAGUUUUCUUCUCCUAAAAACAUAGUUCCUGAAUCAUUAAGCAUCAAAAAACUUGCCAAUUCAUUCUGCCAGGCGAAUUUUGUAAGAAAUAAAACAAUCAUAGCAAAGCGAUCAGAGAUUACAUUAUGGUGUUUAUUCUCUGAAAAGUUCGAAGAUAAGGUUGUGGAGCUUAGGUCUGAAGAUAAGAAACUUGUAGAUAAGACUGCAAGAUCACAAAUUUAUGCUGAAAUGAGACCAUACCUUACGGGUGUUUCCGAUGGAUAUUUACGUGUGAGGACCUGUAAGGCAAGAAAAAUCAAUAAGCUAUUUAGCUAUGAAUAUGAUCCUGUAACUCUGAAAAAGAUUGAUGGUAUACAAGGGUAUAUGGUUCAGCAGAUCACUUCAACUAGUCCUGUGAAUAAAAUCUCUGAGACAGUGGCUACUACUUCAGCUAAUGACCCUUCAGAUGAUAAUUUUAGUGACACAUCUGAUAUUACAGAUUAUUUUAAGGAAGAAGGAGUGAAUGAUUUGAUUGAGGAGGAUUCUAAAAACCAUAACUAUGAUAAUCCUAAUACAAGGUCUGCUUUCGGCUUUUCAUUAACCACGAAAUCAUUAAAAACAUCAUCACCAUUAUGUACUCCAUUUCGAGCUUAUCGACCAAGCUUCUUCUAA